AUGUCUGAUGGAAAAUACACUCUUUGGACGGUGGAGGAAGAAGACAAUCUUCAAGAAUGGAUGUCUCGUCAUCAGCAUUUGCCCUGGAAGAAAAAGCGCGAGGAAUACUUCAGGCAGACUGGGAAAUGGAGGUCUAUCAGCUCGCUACGUAGCAAGCUCGAACAAUUAGACCAGGGCAUUCGCAGGCGACGCCCUCUCUAUGAGGAGGUUGUCCAACCUGCCUAUGCACAGAAUAUACGCCUUCAGCGAAGCCUUUUGGAGGAGCUCCCUCUUUCUCCCCCACCGUUGAUCUUGAAGGCUCCCGAUCCAGUGGCCCGUCGAAUACUGGAGCAAUGGCGGCAGGCUGAGAAACCCAAGUAUACAGAGUGA